UGAAGAUGUUCUCAGAACUUUCUGGAUUGGCGGAUGUUUGGCGCACUGCAGGAUACUGCAUGUGUACUUUGUGACCAGAAUACUUUCUAGUGCCACCGUCAUGAAAACAUUGCCCAACGCACUCGCAUACCAUACAUGUGACCGGUUAAGAAAGCUCUUUAUGAGUAAACAGGUUUUUCGUAAGAAGCAUGUGGCAAAUACAAGCUAAAGAACACGUGGCAAUGUGAUUAUGUGAGUGGUUAAUCACGCACUUGGGAGUUGUCCAGAAACUGAAAGAUCACGUUCGUCGAUUAUUUAUUAUCAAACAUUCCACAGUUAUUAAUGUAAUUAUUUGUCCCGCUUGCGUCAUCGGUAUCUCACUCUCCGCUGGGGGAGUGUAUUCUUGCGUUCCUGGAGGUGGUGAUGGAGGAGGAGUUAGGGAAAGCCAGACGAACCGGCACGACAAGAAAAAAAUGAGAACAGAACUGGACAAAAACCCGGUCGCUGUAGGAAAGAAGAUAUCCCAUAUUUUCUUUUCUUUCCUGUUUUUUAGAAAUCAUGAGGCAUGUAGCACUAAAUAUGAAACAAACGCCAAUUUCUUUGCCAAGUACAGUUAUGUCAUGUGUCUGGACAUAUUAUUUAGUAAUGCUGUCAUUUCAGUGGGUCGGAAUUGGUCAAAAUAUGGUCCUCAAACUUAAAUAUUUGAAAGGACGAGUAGAAAAUAAUGCAGGUAAUGUGGUAGAGGCAAUGAAAGGGAACUCAACGCCCCUCCACGCCACACCCACCGCCGACAUAACGACAUUCGAGCGUUAUCUGCCCAGUCCCAUGUCAUCAUCGUCCAAUCCAAUCCUCCCACACAAAAGUCGGUCACCAAUCGAUAGCCGGGUUAAAAGUGCAACGCCUGAAUUCUGAGAAACUGCCAUUUGCCGUGCUGUCUUCAUUCCGAGAAAGAACUGGCGAAGUGAAAGAGAGAGAGAGAGGUUCUACCAGCGCCUCAUGUCAUGUACGUUUACCGGGCGCGCGUGCGUGCGUAGGUGUGUGUGUACGCAGAGUGUGGUACCUUUCGUCAUACAUAAGGGGAAACCAAAAUUUUUAGCCGAAACUGCAGCAAUAGACGAUGAUCUGGAUGAAAAAUGCAUUAACAGCUGGCAAUAACGAAGAUUUGCUAUCUUCCAUCGGGUGGCAAUAUAAAAGGUUAGUGGUAGGACGAGAGUUUAUAAUGAGGGGCAAGCCUGCAAUGCUGGACAUAGCCCUCGUGCUGCGGUGCAACACAUCAAGAUGCAGAAGAGCAAGGAUGAAAUUCGGAAAGAGAAAAAUCGUCUGUCCGCCAACCUCAGCUAUCAGAAAAAGAAGAGAGAAAGAGAAGAUUUGGAGAAUAAAAACCGCACACUCAGCAACACCCAGCUUAGCCUGCACAGGGACAUGCGAAGGUUGAGGAAGCUGGCCAGGUGCUACGAAGCCGUCCUGAGUGAGAUCGUCCACAUCAACACCUGCACCUUGUCACGACCCGUUGAUCGUCACGCCAUGCUCCUACCCGUCUCCUCCAGUCUGGCGCCUCAGAACCAUCGUUCUCAGCCUGCAAAGGACGAGUCUGUGCCAACGGCUUUCUUCCCAGCCUCCCCGGUCUUAAGGGGCGGCGGAGAGGAGUUGCCGAGGGUGUUGGACGAGCAGAACAAACUGGGGGAAGAGACAGGGGUUACACUUUGUAGCAAACCCCAGCAGAUUUGCAUGAACGUUCCCAACAUCUCUCUCCUGAGUGACGAGUUGGAGUGGGGCCAGGUGGCAAGUCACUCUUCCCCACAGGGUCUCGGAGGUAAGGUUCUAACGCCUCCGUCGUCACAGGGAAGCAGAUUCGAGCUGACCUCACGGAGUUCUGACCCUUGUGACGAACUGAAUGACUUCAAGUUUAAGUCACUGCCUGUACCCAACCCUCAGCGACUGCCACUGCUGUCAACGAUUCCCCCGACCGUCCCGCAUUUUCUCGUAGAGUUUCAAGCAUCCUUGAGGACCGACGAGAACUUUACAUCGGGUUUCUCGUCUAUGACAGAUGUCAACCAAGUCUUCACGACUUUCAAUGAAAAAGAAACCGAGCCACGUUUCAGGGAAAAGUCGACAAAUACGCCGCAGCCGACGCUGAUGAUAACCUCAGCAACGACGACGAUGAAAACGCGAAACGACGGCGCGGCGAACACGUGGAAGGCGUUCCCCUACAACGCUAGGUCAUCACCAUCACCUGGAGGAGGAGCGCGUACACGCGGGGGACAUCCACAGUGUGUCUGCCAGCAAGGCCCUCCCGUGAGUUCACAAAACAAUGAUCGCAAGAUGCCGUCGAUAAGCUUCCAGGUAUUGGGGUUACGGUUAGACCAAGCUCUGCACGCGAACAAUGACCUCUGAAGAGGUUACAUGACCCAAGCGAAAGAGCAGCCUCAGCAACGCAGUGCUAUAACAAACAAUCCCUUGUCAGAACCAAAGAGUGUGAGGAUCCGGGUUCGGGUUCUGUCCCGGGACAUGUGAAGAUCUCUUCAGAUGUGACCGUCGGAAGUCGUGGGCGGGCGGGGUGUGUGCGGGAGUUCUCUGAAUAAUCCGGCUUCAUCUACCAACUCCUUACCACUUCCCUAAAAGGGCAAAAUAAUUAUGAGGCAAAAGCACUCUAUUAUCAGGUAAAUCGACCAAAUAACGAAUUAAGAGAAAUUUGAAGCGUAUGGUGUGUUCUUAAGAUCCCUAUUGACGCCUGAUGCAUUGCCGAUGGCAUGCUGGAUGUCAGAAAUACAGCUUCCCAGGGUGGCCACAAACUUACAUACCCAAGUUGUCUCCGGUCCUAGGUGAAUGGAGGGUUUCCUUUAUCAGCAGGUGGUCCGGCGGCACAACGGUUAGCGCCUGUCACGGUUAGCACCUGUUCAGAUCUCAUCUCGUGCACGUUGUUCUUUCUCAGCAUGUGGCAUCUGUUUAUUGGGCUGGCCCAUAUCUCUAACUACUGCUUUCUUCACAUGUUUUCUUCAUUUUUCCCGUCUAGUCUUCAGCCGUGAUAUAGCCUUAGUUUCCGACGGCGUAAAACAACAAUUCCACCCACCCGCCUCCUGUGUCACCUCCGUGAUGACUGAUAUUUCUUUUUCCCCCCGGGUCACAUCACCGUGUCCCCUUCCACUCAGCUGCUUAAUGAAUGCAGUAGAAGAUCCUGUGGGAUGAUCUUGUGAAGCUGACAAAACUCCUUUAAGUCAACUGACAACCCACCCGAACAGAGUUAUCUGUGACAACACUGCUAAUGAUUUUGUGCAGACCAAAAAGCUUACUCAAAACUGAUGACACACCUGACACACUUGACUCAUAAAGCUUGACAAUGUGUGGCGAAAAUGGGCGAUUCUUUACUAUUGUUAAUCUCGCGAGAGAAACAAAUACUUCUUUUACAAAAUCAGUAGUGUGCAAAUAUGCAAAUGUGAUAGAACUAGCAGAAUAUUUGAAAACAAAAGUGGUGAUACUUCGAAGCCUAAACGGGUAACAAAAGAAAUCUGAAAAAAGCGCUUCAGUGGCGAAACGGGUAAAUUUUGUCGUCGGAAAACAAGACAUUUGACAUGUCUGUGGCAAAAGUGACACCUUUUUUGGUUAAUGUGUUGAUGAUUAAUUAAUUAACUAACGAUUUUAAUGCAGCAUAGUAGCAACGGUGCUGUUGUUGCACCUGUGGCGAAGAGUGUAUGCAAAUUGUGAUCCCAUCUUUGGCAUAAAGGUCACAGAAGGUUGUGUCUUGAUUGCCCAUGCUUAAUUACCCAGACUCAGAAAACUUGGUCAGCUUUUUUUGACAAUGGCGCGAGCAAAGAAGGGGAUUUGGGUCAUGACCUGCACGUCUAACAAUCGACAGCGGAAACUGAGGGCAGGCUUAAGCUACAGGAAGUGACCUGACUGUUGGAUGCUGAGCAAUUUCUGGAAAAAAGGUGAACAUUUCUGAAAAAGGAGGAAAACUGGUCAGUGAGCAUCGUGUGCUUGAGUGUCUAACCUGACACGAAGUAUCAAGUACGAUUGUGGACAGUAUACGUCUCGGUGCUCCACAUACUCUCUUAUUAAUCUCGUUUUUAUUUGUCUUCUUUCUAUUUCUUUUUCUUUUUUUUUUUGUUAUUUCUUUGCUUGUGUCUGUACUUUUUUUCUAUUUCUGUUUUCUUUGUGUGAGAACCUGGUGUCCUGGGUAAAGAUCUUUCCUCAACGAAGCUGUUUUCGUCUGCAUGUUAGACCUGUAUAUAGGGCUAGCUUUUUAGCCAUAAUUAUGAUAGCCUCAUUGUAAUCUGUUAUUACCUCUUAAUUCUUUCCUUCCUUUUAUCAGUGCUCCACCAUUUCACUGUUUAAAUACACUGUUAAGUAUUUUAUAGGUUAAUAUUGCUCUUUCUGUAUUGCAUCAUUCCGUAUUAAACUGUUAAUUAGCUUAUUUAAGGAGCUGUGAGGUAGAUACUAUGUAUCGUGUUACAUCCAGACACGUCCUUGUUUAUUUAUGGAAAAUGAGUGUUAUGGCUAAAGAUUUAUAGAACCCUCGAUUAAAUAUUAAAGGAGUUUGACAUUUCA